AUGAAUAAACUUAUAGAAUAUGAAUCUAGCGAUGAUGACUCGUCAGAAGGUCUGUGCAAAUCUGAUGAGGACGAUUCUGUCGUCACUAACGUUCAUUCAAAAAGUAAAAAUUACGUCGGUGACUCAAAGGAUUUUCCUUCCUGUAAACUACAUCAGGUUAACUCAAUGAGUAACUUCAUAACAGAACAUCAUGAUACCGAAAGUGGCUCUGACAAACUUCCGGAAGAAGGAGAGAUAGUGAGCAAACCUAUCUCCGCUGACAAAACCCCGAAUGCAAGGAAGAGCAAAUUUAAACGACGAGGAAAUGCUGUUGUUGCCUUCUCGGCCUACAUGCGCACGUGCGUCUGCCAACUGAUCGAUGGUGUGAUUCCGUUCGAGAAAAUGACCAUGAACUACGGAAAGGGAUACAAACGACGCUUAAGCACAUUCGUUUGCCCUCGAUCUGGUACAUACCUGAUAACCUGGCGAGUUGUGUUAGUCGAAGUAAGGGAAAUAACUCUAAAUCUUACGGUAAACGGGGAGGUGAAGAAGCGUACAACGUUUGAUUCUACAGACAGUUCAGAUAACAACAAAUGCGAACGAGAAGAAAUCAUCAAAUUAUUCAUGCGAGACCGAGUCUGUAUGACUUUGUACGAUGGUGAUAGCAGGUUAUUACGUCCAACUAAGUGCAAGUUUGCUGGUAUUAGACUUAUGAGGUAA